CCCGUUUACAAGCAAGGUCCUUACAGUGUUCCGGCGAGGCAGUAGACCAGGGUUCGUCUCCCUCACUUCGCUCCCGCACUAGUCCGUCUCUCUUAUCCUCUUCGAUCGCCGCCGACCUCCAUUUUCUCCAUCAAUGGCGUCCAUGAAUCUUGGCUGGUUCGGCGAUAACUGGUUCUCCAAACCACCGAAACCCGUCCCCGCCGUGCCGUCCUUCGCUUUCAUCGGUAGCCGUAAUUUAUCCUCCAAAAACACCACCCAAAACCCUAAUCCCAACCCCUCGAUCUCCUCCUCAUCCUCUUCCUCACCUCCGACACCGGAGGAGCCUAAGGGCCCUCUCACUGAGAUGCUGGAGCAGUUAUGGUGGGAGUGCGAGCACCGCCCUGACUACCGGCACACGCCUGAGGUGGAACGCAUCAUCACCGAGGACCCGUUCAUAGUUAAGAAGGAAAACCCUACCCAGGAGGAGAUCGAGGAGAACAAACAGUGGUGGGAUGGCUUCAAUAGCAGCCCUGUUGUUCAAUUCCUCCGCCGCGCUGAGAAGAUUGCUGACAUAAUGAAUGAGAUGGAGCUCAAGGAGAACGAGCACCCGUACCGGUGGGAGGAUAGGAAGUUGUGGAAGAAGCUGCCGCAUGUCCCGGGGCUCGAUGGCCGGCCAAUGCCGAGGAAGGCAAUCAAGACCAAGAAGGAAUCCGACGACAAGUUUUGGGAUUGGGCAAGGCAGUUCUUUUUUGGGUUAUGGGGAUUCCGGCAGCGGUCUUACCCUCCCGGCCGCCCCAUUGACGUUGCGCAGGCCAUUGGGUAUAAAAGGCUGGAGAAGCGAUAUUACGACUUUAUAAUGAGAAGUGGUGGCUGGUACUACAAAGAUCGCCUAGGACGUACAAGAGGACCAUUGGAGCUUAUCACUCUUAAGACUGCCUGGGCUGGCGGGAUAAUUGAUACACACACUUUCAUUUGGGGUGAAGACAUGGAUGAAUGGGCACCCAUUGGAAUGGUUUACGGCUUAGAAAAAGCAAUUGCUACCUGGGAAGUCAGACUAGGUGCUGCUGCAACAGCUUUCCUUCAUAAGCUACAGAAGGGCAUACCACCUUGGAAACCUCUUAAGGGCUUUGAGUGGAAAACAUAUAAACAGUUGCAGGAUGAAGCCAUCGAAAGCAAGAAGCGAGACAUGGCUGUUCUUGCAGCAAAUGGUGGAAUUUGGCCUGGUGUAAGGACUCCCAGCCAUGCAUUAUUUCUUUGGGCCAGUGGAUCUGAACUGACCUCAAUUUUGGAAGCUGACUUUAUGCCAAACAAAUACAUCUCCAAAGAGCUAAGGUACCGCCUUGCAAAAAUCAUCCCAAACUUAAGGCCCUGGGAGGUUCUUAGCAUAGAACAAGCCAUGGAUCUAAUAACAUGUGAAGGCGAGUGGUUCCGCGAGCCUCUUGGUUCCUUCACAACAGGCCCUCCGUACAUCCAACGUUGGAACAAGGAUGUUAAGAGAAUGUUCAGAAUUUUCUCCAACCUGAGCUACAGAGUAUACAACAAAUUGGAGCGAACAAUUCCUGGUUUUGAUGUAGUGAUGCAGAAAGUGAAGGCUGAUACAGAUACAAGGGAUGCAAGGCGGAAGGAGAGAAGAGCUGCACAAAAACGGGCUGAGAAAGAGGCUGCCAUCUAUGGUCGUCGGAUGUCAUCUGACAAUCCCAAGUAAAAUGAUGGAAGUUGAAACCGCGGCACAAUUAUUUCUCAAACAAGGCUAGUUUGACACACAUUCUGCUUCAAUGGGCAGUACUUUCUCAGCAAGCAUCCAGUUUAUCUCAGCAGUGCAUCUGACAGACUUGUUAAAAAAAAAAGUCAUUUUUGUAUCCAGGCAAUGAUUUCCUUGUUAUCUUAUCACUUUGACAUCAAAUUUAAACUGCAUGUUCAUUAGUUGAUCAUACCAAAGAAUGGCU